CUAAAGCUACUGUCCUCCAGGACCGUCUGCUCACGGCUUGCUACCUCCGUCUCUUGUCUCCUCGUCUGCAGACACGCCAUGCCCCUCGCCGAGAUCGCCCUUACCUCCAACGACCAGCCCGCCGAUCUCCCCAACCCAGACACCAUCAUCGCGGUGUGUAGGACCCACUUCAACGCAAACAAAGACAGCCCUACUUACCAACGCGGCAUGCCUCUGAUGAACCCCGCCGGCACCGCGUAUGCCUGGGUCAAGUUCGGGCGGUCGGUCACCAUGGCCGAGGCCCGCACCCAGGACUACGUCGCCAGCACCGUUAACGGUACCGCCGCUGCCAGCGCCGCCGGCGUCCACGUGCCCAAAGUCUACCUCGCGUUCGUUUCCACUCACGGCUGGGGCUAUAUUGUCAUGGAGCUCGUCACAGGGGUCGUGUGCCGCGCCGCCGAUGGCCCCGCCGUCGCCAAGGCCGUCGAGCUUCUCAUCACGGUCCGAAGCCCUACACUGCAGCCGGGCCCCGUACAUGGCGGCCCGAUCUUCCACUCCUUCUUCAACGAUUGGGAGUCUGCGGUGGCCUAUCCUUCUGUCGAACUGCUCCAAAAACACAUCAACGCUAUGCUGAGAUGGUACCAUAAACCGGAGCGCGUCGACUUUGCCCCGGAGGUUGCGACGCAUGGCCUCCGGCUGUGCCUGUCCGACAUGAACCGGCACAACUUCAUGAAAAAGGACGACGGCACCAUCUGCGCCCUCGAUUUCGGCGGCACCUGCUUCCUGCCCGUCUCCUUCUUCGACCUUGCGCUGUACCACCACGACCCGUUCACGUGGCGCCUCAGCCGCCUGAUCCGCCGCGAGCCGCCGGCGCACUUGUACGCCCUGCAGCUGGCGCGGGGCGCCCUGGUUAUCACCGGGAACAACAAACUCUGUUUACCCGCAGAACUCCGGUAA